UAUAAACAGGACCUUAUGUUCUGACAAUGUAAAAACACCUCAUCUGGGUGGACGAGUGAUAUGGACUCUAAAUGAUUUAGAUCUCUGCCCCACAGAAGUAUUCUGGUAUUUGGUUUCUUUUGGAAUAGCAGUUCUCCUAUUUUUAUGCUCAAGCGGAGUAGUAGUCUGCAUGAAGUACGAAUUUGAAAUCAAAGCUUGGUUGUAUGCCCAUGGAUUUAAAAAAAUCAAGGAAGUAGACUCUGGUGAAGACAAACCCUAUGAUGCAUUUUUGGCUUAUGCAAAGGAAGACAGGGAUAUCAUGUUAGAAGUAGAAAGAGAGGUUCGGAAGCAGCAGCAAACUAAAUUAUUAAUUCACGAUCGAGAUUUCGAAGGCGGUAAAGAUAUUGACAAGAACAUUAUCGAAGGAAUACGUGAUUCCAAGAAAACUGUUGUUUUUCUUUCUAGGAAUUUCCUGAAAAGUCACUGGUGCAUGUUUGAAUUUAAGACAGCCUACGAGUUGACCAUCAAAGACGAAGUCAACCGACUUGUCAUUGUAACAGUAGGUGAUUUGCCAACUGAGAAAGAGUUGCGUUACGAUAUCAGGAGUCAUAUGGAACUCAAGACGUAUUUGACUUGGGAGAGUAAACAUUUCUGGGAACAAUUACUCUUUGUCCUCCCAGUUCGGGAGGACAGCCAAGACAAUGCAGAAGAAGGCAGCAGAUUAGAGCUACAACAGUUUCCAGAAUGUGACACAGCUCUAAUGAUUUGAUAUAAAAACGUCGAACCUUCCAGAAGCAAUUUCCAAUGUCUCGUCGAUCUUUAAACACCAGAGAUGUCUCACGAUUUCAGAAGAAAAGAAUUCAGCGUUUUAUGAAGCCCAAAUCAGCUUCCAGAAUGGUAGAGGUUUCUCGUGUAUUUAAAGCAUGGAAGUUACUAAAGGGUGUCCCAAAAUUAAUGCAAGAUUUGAAUUGCCACCAUUUUUGCAAUAAAUGGUUGGCAACCCUGAAAAAAGAACAAUUUGACAGCUGAGAGUUUAGGGUAAUCAAAAAUGGAGCGUUAUACGAUACAAUAACGCGCUUUCAUUAUUGAACAAUUGUUUCAAAAAUAAUGAAAGUUGAGGCUGGUCAAGCAGUUACUGUUAUUGGCGCUCGGUAUCGCAACACGGUAAUGCACGGGUGGUUGUGGGCUUGUUGACAUAGACCUUUGAAUUCAAAUAACCCCAUAAGAAAAAAUUUAAAAAUGUUAAAUCACACGAUCUAGGGUGCCAAUUCUGAUCACCGAAAUGAGAGAGUACGCGACUAGGAAAUCCCGUAUGCAGUAAUUGAAAUGUUUCACUCUCUUUUGCUGUAUGGUACAAUAACACCCCAUUUUUACUAACCCUAAACUCUCAACUGUCAAAUAGUUCUUUUUUCAUGGUUGCCAACAAUUUAUGGAAAAAAUGAUGGCAAAUUCAAAUCUUGCGUUAAUUUUGGGACACCCUUUAUUUUCGGAGGGGGAAAGUCACAAUUUACCGAAUGAAAUACCGAAUUGUGCAGUGCUCUGACCGUGUUCCCCAACUGUUAACAAAGUGAAAAAAAAAAGUGCUCUUAGAUCAGAUGACUCUACGUUUAGGAACUAUAAAUUAGUUGAGUUCUUUAAUUAUCUCUUAGAAUAAGAGUAAACAAAAAGAACGAUGGUCAAAAAAAUUUUUUGUUGUGUUUGUUGAAACUAAGUGUUUUACGUUUUAGCUAAAAUAAAACUAAAAAAACUGAACUGUGGAUACAUUAGUUUGUGCUUGCAUAAGCUAUCCUCAUAUUUGACGAUCGAUCUCAAUUUGUGUGCCAGUCGUAACAGAUACGUUUCAAAAUUUCGCCAAAUACAAAGUGCUUAAAUUGUACAAAAUUUACCGAUACAAUACAUAUAAUUUUGUUUCUUUAUUGCUAUUGGUACAUUUUGUUGUAUUGUCUGGUUGUAUAAGUACAAUAACAUGUAAGUUUGAUGUUUUUAAAUUAUGUGAUAUACUACAUCUGCUGCAAUGUAGAUACAAAUGUCAACUUUUUAUUUGAGCAGUGACAUCUGACACGUUCCAAUGGAUCAUUUUAGUCAAUUUUAUUUGUUGUUAUUAUUUUGUAGCUGAAAUUCUAAAAUUCAGUUUAUCAUAAAAGGAGGUUCUAUUGGCUUGUGCUGUUAUGAGCAAUCUUCAUGUUUUGUAAUCGUGUACUAUUUGCGUUUUAAUCACAGCAAAUAUAUUUUUAAAUUUAACAACAUCCGAAAUAUGUAAGUGCAAAUAUCUAGCGUCAUUGCAAUAAGAUACGGUUGCAGUAUUUUUCUAUGUUUAACUGCGAUUGUCACGCUUUGACGCUUUAUCGGGUUGUAAAAGUAUGCUAACUUGUAAUUUUAUUGUUCUUGAAAUAUAUUGGUAUCGCAGUGUUGCCACUAACGUUAUAUUUUCA